AUGGCGCAGAAUUACGUGGAUUUAGCACCAUGGAGGCUAUACUUCGAUGGAUCAAGACAUAAGCAUGGAGCUGGGAUAGGGGGAGUCAUAAUUUCUUCAAAUGGAAUUCCAGCAGACUUCAAAUACAAAAUCGAAGGGCUAUGCACCAAUAAUGAAGUAGAAUACGAGUCAUUGAUCACCAGACUUGAACUACUGCUGGAAUUGGGGGCAAGGAAUGUCGAAAUUAUGGGAGAUUCGAAGUUAGUUAUUAAACAAGUAUCAAAAGAGUAUAGGUGUGUUAAAGAAAAUCUGAUUAUGUACUUCGUGGUUACCAUAAGACUGCUCAAGAGAUUUGAGCAAGUCAAUCUCCAACACAUACCACGGCAGGAAAACCAAAGAGCAAAUGAUUUGGCACAGGAAGCUUCAGGGUAUAAAACGACGAGAAACCAGAACGAAGAGAUCCAAGUAAGAAAGAAAAUACAGGCGACGACACUGUCACCAUCAGAUCUGGCGAUCAUGAAGCUGGGGGCAGUAAAUAAAAAUCAUUUUGAAAUUCUUACUGUCGACGACGAAGGAAGGAGUGAUUGGCGUAGACCGUUAGUCGAUUACUUACGUAAUCUCGUGGGGUCGACAAAUCGAAAGAUAAAAUAUAGGGCCUUUAGCUAUGUCUUGGUAAAUGAUGAAUUAUUCAAGAAGAUAGUCGAAGGAGUGUUAUUAAAAUGCCUGGGGGAAAGUGAAGCGUACGUGGCUGUGUCGAGCACACACAGCGGGGCAUGUGGGGCGCAUCAAGCAGGUUUGAAGAUGAAAUGGCUUUUGAUGCGUUUAGGAGUUUACUGGCCUUCAAUGUUGAAAGAUUGCAUUGAAUUUGCCAAAGGUUGUCAAGAAUGCCAAUUGCAUGGGGGCAUACAACAUGUGCCUGCAAGUGAGCUACAUACAAUUGUGAAACCUUGGUCAUUUCGAGGAUGGGCUUUGGACGUUAUAGGAGAAAUAAAUCCAGCCUCGUCGAAACAACAAAGGUAUGUGUUAGUCGGCAUCGAAUAUUUCACAAAAUGGGUCGAAGCCAUAGCAUUACAAAAUGUAAACCAAGAAAAUAUGAUAGAUUUUGUCCAGAGUUACAUCAUUUGCAGAUUUGGCAUCCCAAAAAAUAUUACAACUGACCAGGGGCCAGUCUUCACUGGUCGAAAAGUGCAAGAGUUUGCAAAAGAAAUGGGAAUUAAGCUACUGACAUCUACUCCCUAUUACGCACAGGCAAAUGGCCAAGUAGAAGCUGCUAAUAAGGUAAUCAUUAUCCUAAUAAAGAAACACAUAGGACAGAAGCCAAGGAAUUGGCACAAAACGUUAGGCCAAUCCCUGUGGGCGUGUCGAACAUCACCAAAGGAGGCAACUGGAACAACCCCAUUUUGA